AUGACCUUUGAGAUCAGACGAUUGAAGUUCUUUGUAACAGCACCAAAGACACCUAUAGCUACUGGAACAACAAUAGUCUUCACGUCUCAGAGUAGACCCAGCUCAGUUGCCAAUGGAAGAUUAUUAAGAAAAAAUCAAAUAUUUGCUCCAAGACCUAUGCCAGGUCCUCAUCCAAUAAAAGAAUGCAUGCCUCUUGUAAUAUUAUUAAGAAAUCAUUUAAAAUAUGCAUUAACAACUAGAGAAGCUAAAUAUAUAUUAAAUAAAGGCUAUAUAAAGAUUAAUAAUAAAGUAAAAAAAGAUCAUAAAUUUCCAAUAGGUAUUUUAGAUAUAAUAACUAUAGAAAAAAUGGAUCAAAAUUUUAUUUUAUUAUAUAAUUCUAAAGGCCAUUAUGUUUUACAACCUAUAAAACCUAAUCAAGCUAAAUUCAAACUUUGUAAAGUAGCUAAAAAGUCUUACGGUAAAGUUGGUGUUUCUGGUAGAAAUCCUUUAAAACAUUAUUCCCAUAUUUCUGUUUCUUAUUUAACAACUGAAGAUGGUAGAAUAGUAAGAUAUCCAAAUCCAAAUAUUAGACCUAAUGAUACUAUAGAAUUAAAUUUAACAAAUAAUACAAUAAGAAAUUGAAUAGAAUUUGAUGAAGAAAAUACCGCUUUAGUUACUAAAAAAGGUAAUUCUGGUAGAAUUGGAAAAAUAGAAAAAAUAGAAAAACAUCCUGGUCAAAAAGAUAUUAUUCAUCUUAUAGAUAAAAAAGGAAAUAGAUUUGCUACAACAAAAGAUAAUGUAAUGAUAAUAGGUCCUACUAUAGAAAAAUCAUUUAUUACAUUACCAGAAGAUAAAGGUGUAAGAUUAUCCAUAUUAGAAGAAAAAGAAUUAAAUAAUAAUUAA